ACAGAAAAUAAUCAGAUAAAAAAAAAAUAUAUAUAUAUCUGCAUAUGGAAAUAGAGAGAAAACAGCGGCGACGCGUGCUCCUCUCCUCCUCCUCCUCCUCCUCCUCUCCUCCUCCUCCUCAGAUGAGUUUGUGAAGAGGGAGGGCAGGGCAGCUGGUGCUCCUCUCAUCCUCUCUCCUCCAGUGGCGUCCAGAGGGAAGCGGUGUGAGCCAUGACUCUGAGCUCGGAGAUGUCGGAUGCCUCCAUCAUCUCGGAAGAGACCGACAUAGACGUGGUGGGCGAAGGGGAGGACGCGGACAGCCACACGCGCUCCUACGUGGACGAGGUGGCGCAGAUGCACGAUGGGAUCCUCCUGGCCGGCUCUUCUCCUCCUCCGUGCCUGGACACCUCCACCUCCUCCAGGGACACGUACAAGCCGGCGGGCAAGAACACACUGGUGAAGCCUCCUUACUCCUACAUCGCCUUAAUCACCAUGUCCAUCCUGCAGAGCCCCAAGAAGAGACUCACGCUCAGCGAGAUCUGCGACUUCAUCAGCAACCGCUUCCCCUACUACAGGGAGAAGUUCCCGGCCUGGCAGAACUCCAUCAGACACAACUUGUCCCUCAACGACUGCUUCGUGAAGAUACCGAGGGAGCCCGGGAAUCCCGGGAAGGGCAACUACUGGACCUUGGACCCGGAGUCGGCUGAUAUGUUUGACAACGGGAGUUUUCUGCGGCGGAGGAAGCGCUUCAAGCGGCAGCAGACGCAGCAGGACUUGCUGCGGGAACACAACACUUUUAUUCCCGCGGCUGCCGCAGCCGCAGCCGCCGCAGCCGCGUAUGGGUACGGACCGUACGGCUGCGGAGGAUACGGCAUCCAGCUGCAGUCCUACCACACGCACUCUGCGCUUUUUGCGUUCCAACAGCAGCAGCAACAACAGCAGCAGCAGCAGCAGCAGCAUCAUCACCAUCACUCCAGGCAUUCACAUUCACACACGGGAACCAUUAUCCCCGCUCCCUCUUUGAUGCCCACCACCACCACGGACAUAGCCAGGAGUAGUAGGUUUUACCCGCAGCUCAGCUCCAGCCUGAGCGCAGCAGCGGGCGCAGGAGCCCCGCUACAGAAAUCCAGCUCCCCGGUGCAGCGCUCUCCCUUCUCCAUAGAGAGCAUCAUAGGCGGCUCACUGAGCCCCUCCAGGACUUCUCCCUCCCUUGUCCCGGUCUUACCCUCCUCUCUGGGGCCUCCACUGUCCGGCCAGCCGCAGAUACAGACCGUGCACCCCGGAGCUGCUGUUUUACACCCGGCUGAAAACUUUCCCAGCAGAGUGGUGAGCGGCACCAGCGGCUGUUAAAAACUUUUCCCAGCAAAAGUUAGAACAAAAAAAAAGAGAGAGCGAGAGACAUGCAGCAACAAAUCAAAAACCGUCCUCCCUCCCUCCUCUCUUUGAAGGUAGGAUUAUUUUUGUAUGUUUAUUAGAAAGCACGCAGCUGAAUGAUGGACAUAAAGAAAAAUAAAUAACACGUGGUGUGCCUCUCUAUAUUCACGCUGUUCAAAUACAUAUAAGGCUAUUUAUGUUCAUUUUCUUAAAGAUUUCGGCGUGAAUCAGACUUUAUUGGACCACGGACUCUUUUUUCCCUUGUACUCUCCAUGAAGUGAUUCGUUCCAGUCACUGUUUAGGUCGUCUCAGGAUAUAAACUGACUUAAUAAACAGGUUAUGAAUGAUCACAUGUUUUUAUUUUUUAUUUUUGAAAUAGACUGAAAUGUAUUUGUGUCAAACACAUCCAUGUUCUCUUUUUUUAUUACGAGGAAAAUCAAAACACCCUUUUCUUAAAGUUUUGAUUUGUAUUAUAAGACACAGAAAGCAGAAUCUUACAUUUAUAAUAAUAAUAAUAAUAUGCAGUGUGUGUUUAUUUCAGUAAUAAAAACAAUGUACAUUUUCUUUUUUGGGGGGGUGGCAAGUGUUUUGUCAUUCAAGUGUGAUAUUUUUUACACAGUUUGUUUUAAACAAGAAUAAAUUCCGUUUUGCAAAAAAAACCAAACAA